ACGGCAUAUAAUAUAGCUAUAAUAUAGCUAAAGUGUAUUUUAUGUCUGCAUGUUGUUUUCACAUUUUCAUAUAUAAAUCAAACUAACAAACAACGUAGCUGAAUCACGUUGAAGUUUAGUGGUUCUAAAUUUUAGAAAAUUCUGAGUACGAAUUUUGUGGUAAUUCAAUUGAAUGGGUUGCUAUUGUUCAACUUCAAAUUCAAAGAAAGUUAAAACGCCAGGUUAUGAAGAUCCAACCGUUCUUGCUUCUGAGACACCUUGUGAGUAUCCACCAUCAUUAACUGUUACUGUGAGUGAAGUAGAUGCAUUGUAUGAACUCUAUUUGAAGUUAAGCAAUUCAAUUAUUCAAGAUGGUCUUAUUCACAAGGAAGAAUUUCAGCUAGCACUGUUCAGAAAUGAAAACCAAAAGAAUCUGUUUGCUGACAGGAUUUUUGACUUAUUUGAUGUAAAGCGCAACGGAGUUAUCGAGUUUGGUGAAUUCGUUAGAUCUCUUGGUGUUUUUCAUCCAAACGCACCUUUAGAAGACAAAAUUGCAUUUGCUUUUAGGUUGUAUGAUUUGAGACAAACAGGAUACAUUGAAAGAGAGGAGUUAAAGGAAAUGGUAUUGGCACUUUUGAAUGAAUCAGAUCUUUUUCUUUCAGAUGAGAUGAUAGAAUCAAUUGUGGAUAAAACAUUUAAAGAUGCUGAUACAAAAGAUGAUGGAAGAAUCGAUCAAGAUGAAUGGAAAGCUUUUGUUUCUCAACAUCCUUCUUUGAUUAAGAACAUGACUCUCCCAUAUCUAAAGGAUAUUACUAUGGCAUUCCCCAGUUUUAUUGCAAGAACAGAAGUUGAAGACUCAGAGCUGUGAGUAAUUGAGGAGUUUUCAUGCUUAUUCACUUGUGAAUUGUUAUUUCUAGUGCACUUUUACAUAUUUCUGUAUAUAUCUAUAUACACAGAGGAGAGACAGUAUAUAUUGGAGCAAGUAAUGUAAGUAUGGUUAUUAUGAUUAAUGUUUAAUAUGGUAAAGGACUAAUAGCAGUGCUUUCACAAGAAAUAGAAAAGUUUAGAGGAAAAUGACUCUUUGAGUGAUUAAGAUGGAAGAGAAAAAAGGAGAGAAAAACAAAGAAAGUAGAAAAAAGUAGAAAAUGAAAUGGCAAGAUUAUAAAAAGAGAUAGAGGUGUGAAUUCAUGAUUCCGGAUUGUAAAGGUCUUUUCUGUAAAGAGAGAAGGAUUGGUGGGGCCAAUUUUGUAAUGGUGAUGUUUAUAAAGGUGUCUACUUGUAGGGGUGCUCAAAACCAAACCAACCCAAUAGAAAACCGCAAACCAAACCAAACCAAACCGAAACCGCAAAAAACCGCAUUUGGUUCGGAUUAGUUUGGGUCAUUUUUUAACAAAACCGCAUGGUUCGGUUCGGUUUGCGGUUUGUAUUUUGUAAACCGAACCAAACCGAAUCAAACCGCAUUAUGUUACAACUUAAAAUUUACUUAACUCACAUCCAACCCAAACUUAAACCUAUUAUACAUUAGCCUAAUGAUUACGAACAAUUUUCUCAUUCUUACACAUAUAAUUUCAGUCCUGAUCGCCUCAAAUCUCUAAUAACAUUAUCGCACCUUCUUUGCCACCUACAUCUUCUCUCUUCUUCUAUAGUCUCUGUACUCUCUUAUAUUCUUUCUUUUUCAACUUCUCAUUUUUAUAUAAAUGUUUUGUAUUUCAGUUUCAUUUUUAUCGCACAUCUUCUUAUCUAAUCUCUCAACACUUUUUCUUUUCUUUUUCACCUUCACUAAUCUUUCGUCUCUUCAAUUUUUUGUUUCAUUAUAAUAAUUUUUAUAUUAUUUUAUGCUAUUAUUUUAUGUUUAAUAUUCCACUUUUGUCUAAUUUAAUUUUUACAUAUUAAAUGGAAAAUUGUUAUCAAAAUAUGACGAGUUUUGUUGUUAUUUGAUAGUGUAUGAAUGUCUAAAUACAAAAUUAUAUUGUCAUCUAUAUGUGUAUGUAUGACUCAAUAAAAUAUUUGUAAAAAACCGAACCAACCGAGCCGAACCAAACCGCAUUAGUUUGGUUUGGUUUAGUUCGGAUUUUUUUUAAAAGCCAACCGAACCAAACCAAACCGCACUAUUUUUUCUCUUGCGGUUCGGAUGAUUUUUUUCGUCAAAACCGCCCAAACCGCACCGCGAGCACCCCUAUCUACUUGUAGUGAAAUGGUUAGUUGUGAGCAGAUAUUUAAACAGUUUAUACAAAAUUAUGUGUUUAAACUUUGUUGCUACGUACGUAAUACACAAAAAGGGAUUCUGCUUCUGUUAGCUGUGUGUGGCGUAUAGAGUUUUGGUAAAGAGUCCAGGAGACAUGUUUAAUGUGCGAAAAGGACAUGCUUUAUUUUUUUGUUGCUUUGGAGAUCGCUUAGCCACACACCAUUGGUUGGUUUAGAAUAAGAUUGGCUGCUGUUACUUACUUCUCAUACACUAAUGGAUCUAAAAAAAAUAAUCAGUUCGGUUUGGAUCGAUUAUUAGAGUGUAAAGUGCUCUACACUAUCAUUCAUUCAUUCGACAAUGUGAGUACAUUUUUAGUUACAGAAACAAUUGCACCGCAUCAACUAUAUACUUCAGUGGUUCUUAUCUACACAACUCUAUCUAAUGGAACAAUAAGAUAUUAUCUAGCUAAAGUCCAUUGCAGAUUGAAAGCCCAAUUACACUAAGGUCCAAGACUGAAGUGUACACUAAUACUCCCCCUCAAGAUCAUGGUGGUGGCAAUGACACGACUUUGAGCUUGCUCCUUAAAUCCUAAAAAGCUGUAUUAGGAAAAGGCUUAGUCAUAAUAUCAGCUAACUGUUGUGACUGGAACAUGUGGAAAGCUUAUUUGCCAUGACCCUCUCUCUCUCUCUCUCUCUCUCUCUCUCUCUCUCUCUCUCUCUCUCUCUCUCUCUCUGACAAAGUGUAUAUCAAGCUCUAUAUGUUUGGUUCGAGCAUGUAUAAUUGGGUUGUGUGACAGGAGCACUGCACGGUUGUCACAAAGGAGGGUAGGAGAAUGACAUCUGACUUUUAACUAAGCCAGAAGAUUGCAGCCAGAGUAGCUCAGCUGUUGUAUGUGCUAAAGCUCUGUAUUCUACUUUUGCACUUGAUCUGGCUACAAGGGUUUGCUUCUUUGAGCUCCAAGAAAUCAGGUUUAGACCAAUGAAGAUGUAAGUUCCAGAAGUGGAUCUUCUAUCAUCUGGAUCAUUUGACCAAUCUGAAUCACUAUAGACCCUAAUUGAAAGUUCCUGAUUUAGAUUAGCAGGUGAUAAUAUUACACCAUAUGUUGCAGUACCACUAAGAUACCUUAGUAUCCUUUUAACCAUACUCUAAUGGCUAUCAAGGGGAUUAGCCAUGAACUGACAGGCUUUAUUCACACAAUAGGCUAUGUUAGGUCUAGUGAGUGUGAUGUACUGCAGAGCACCUACAACAAAUCUAUAUAACAAAGGAUCCUGCAUAGUAUCUGUACAAAACUUGUUGAGUUUACAUUGACUGAACAUUGGGGCUGCAACACCAUUAGAUGUUUCCAUGUUGACCUUGCUGAGCAGGUCCCUUAUAUAUUUUGUUUGUGUAAGAAUGAGAGAGCCAUUAAGUUGAUACUUAACUUCAAGACCAAGAAAGUAUUCAAGCUUCCCAUGUUUCUUGUGAGCAAAUUGAUCAUGAAGCAUGGAUAUUAGCUUGUGUAUCAAAUGAGAAGAGGAACCUAUGAUUAAUAUGUCAUCCACAUAUACUUGAACAUAUAAAGUGAUAUCUUGAUGGUUGUAAGUAAACAAAUAAUAAUCACCUCUGCUUACUAUGAAGCCAAAUUAAAAUAGUGUCUUGUGAAGCUUUUCAUACCAGGAUUAAGGUGCCUGCUUUAGCCCAUAUAAAUCCAUGUUCAGCUUGCAAACAAGAGAUUUGUUUUCAUUUUCAAAGUCUCGUGGUUGCAUCAUGUAAACUUCUUUUUCAAGGUUUCCAUUUAGAAAAGCAUUAUUGAUGUCUAUUUGUUGGACAUUCCAUUUAUAUGUCAAGACCAGAGUUAGAAGAACUUUCAUGGUGGAUGGUUUGACAAUAGGUGAGAAGGUUUCAUGAUAGUCAAACCCAUACUGUUGAUUGAAGCUUUUUGCAACAAGCCUUGCUUUAUACUUGUUGAGUGUGCCAUCCGAAUUUUCUUUGAUUAUAAAUACCCACUUGCAACCUAUGGAUUUUCUGUGGGAUGGGAGAGAAGUAAGUGUCCAAGUGUUUUUUGAAAGAAGGGUGUCGUACUCUUGUUUCAUAGCUUCAAACCAGUGAGGUUGAGAUAAGACCUGUUUAAUUGUGGUUGGUUCAGUAUGAGCUAAGAACACCUCAGGCUUUAGAUGACCUGUUUUGCAUGUGGUUACCAUAUAAUGGUUAUUUGUUACUAAGUGUGUUUCAAGAAUAGUAUUACGAAUAGAUGGAGAUAAGGAAGGUUCAGAAGAAGGAGAAAUUGGGGGAUUGGAUGAUGCUCAGGGGCAAAAAGUUGCUCAAAGCUACUUUGUCAUGUUGUGUUCCCAUACUCAGGUUAUGGGGAGAGAUUAUUACGGUCAUUGGUUAUAUCCAAUAGAUGUUGAUCAGACUCAGACAAGAAAUGUUGGGUAUCAUUAGGUGUAGUGUUAUUAAUGAUGGUGAGCUGUCUUGUAGGAUUUUCAGUAUGAUUAAUAGGUGACACCGGUUGGACAGAAUUGAUAUCAGUAGUCUGUGUGCUCUCAUUGCUAGAGCCACGUCCUGGGUUAUUGUGAGAGUGUAGCAGUCUAUGUGCAGGGAGGGAUUUAGUAGUCCUGAUUGAGUCAGUUUGAACAUUGCUACCAAUAAUACCAAAAUGAGGAAACAUAGUUUCAUUAAAAACAACAUCUUUGGAUAUGUAUAUUUUGUCUUCCUUACUCAAACAUUUGUGGCCUUUGUGAUGAGAGGAUAUUCCUAGAUAUGUGCACUCAGAACUUCUAAGCUGCAGCUUAUUUUUAUUGAAUGGUCUGAGGUGUGGAAAACAUGAGCACCCAAAAGUUCUAAGACUUUUGUAGUCAGAUAUUUGAUUGAAUAAAUCAUGAUAAGGGGAAGUGAACUUAGGAAAGGUAGAAAUGUGCAGUCUGUUUAGGAGGUAGACAACUAAAGUGAAGCUAUGGUCCUUAAACUCAAUAGGAAGACUAGCAUGAGCUAAAAGAGUGAGUCCCAUUUCUACUAUACUCAUAUGUUUUCUCUCCACAGUCCUAUGUUGAUGAGAAGUGUGAGGACAUGUUAACCUGUGCACUAUACCCAAGUCAUUCAAAUAUUUAGUGAAUGGUCUAAAUUCACCCCUAAAAUCAGACUGUACAAAUUUGAUUGUGACUUUGAUUUGAGUUUAGACAUACACCAUGAAUUAUUUAAAAAUGCAUAAGGCUUCAAAUUUAUGUUCUAGGAAGUAUAACCAGGUGUACUUGGUAUAAGUAUGAACAAUAGCUAUAUAAUAGGAAUAUUCCUGACUAGAGGGCCUAGGAGAAGGACCCCACAAGUCAACAUGAAUAAGUUCAAAGGGAGUAGUGUAACUAGUUUGAGAUAAAGGGGCAUGUAACCUAUGAGAUUUACCAACACUACAUGAGUUUCAGAAUUCAAUGCACUUUUUAUUUGGUAAUGACAUGUUACCAAAUUUCAAUACAGAUUUAAGGGUAACUACGUUAAUAUGACCCAGUCUAUUAUGCCAAAGAGAAAACUUAUUAGAACAAUUACUUGAAAAUUGUGUAAACUGGUCUUUGGAAGAUACACUAAUAGUGUUAACAACAGAGUGAUAUGUAGAUUCCACUGACAGAGUUGAAAAACAAUAUAGUCCACUAGUAUCCAAGAAUCCUUAUAAAAGAACCUCCUUAGACACCUGAGAUUUGACAAAGCAAUAAUCAGAAUGAAACUAAUUUUAGAUGAUAAGUGAGAGUAAAUAAGGUGCAACGGAAUAAUAUAGGAGAUAAGACAUGGAGAAAUAAGCAAUGGAAAUAAAUUAAAGAAGGAAAAUGCUUAUUAGUAAGAAAGUAUGAAAGCAAGAAAGGCAAGAAUUAAAUCUCAACCACUCAUUACUACCACCACCCCAUGAUCCCUAUUAAAAAAGAAAUUAAAUUUAAAAUCAAUUUAAAAUUAUCCUCUAAAACAAUGACAAGUGUUCAUUCUUGCAUUUCUUAUUCAAAUCAUUCUUACUAUAUAGCAUUACUCAUUAAAGAAUAGAAAAUUAAAGGAUAAAGGAUAGAAAGAUCGUACUAGAGAAUUAUCCGAGUUUGACCUAACUAAUUUGACCUACCCCGGUCCCCAUGAGCUUCCCCUUAAUAUUUCUACUAAAACAAUUUUGAGCUUUUCGCAAGAUCAACCCAAACAACCUUUCACAACAACUUGAGCUUUUACAUAGGACCAUCCAAAAAAACCUUAUAACAAAACCUAGAUUUUAGACCAACUUAAAUAUAAAAAAAAACUUUACUCAAACUUUUUUCAGGUUUAGAUUGCAACCUUCAAAUAAAAUACAAAUAUGUCAAAAAGACCAACACUCUUCAAUAAGCACUUUAUGCACAUAAAAUACAAAUAUAUACAAGAAACUAACACUCUUCAAUAAGCACUUUCAGCACAUCACCAGCAUUGGCGGAGC